GGAGGACAAGCCGGCAGCGCGCCAAGUGAGUUUGGUUGCGCGCGACGGCCCCCGCUCCCCACCCCCGCCGCCUGUCGGGUCAAAUUUCAGCUCUGGAGCCGAGUGCUACUCUAUAUAAAGCUUGUCGUGGAGGGAGGCGAGAGAGGAGGAAGCCAGGUGGGCAGUGAAAGCGAGCUUGCUUCUCAGACUGUGGCGAGGUCUGUCUUUCUCUGAAGGGAAAAAAAGAAGCGCAACCGCUGAUCUCUGGUGCCGGAGGAAAGCGCCGCGAAGAAAGCAAGCAACAGAACCAUUGCAAUGGCAGCUGUGCCUUCUGCUGGGUGCCUUCUGGCCAAGAACCAGUACUACAGAACACGACUGAAUUCUGACUCUAGUGUUUCUUCAAGCAGUUCAUCUUGCUGCUCUGAACCCACAAACUCCUUGGACCAGGAAAAAAUGCAUCAUGGGUUACCUGAAGUGUUUGAAAGAUGCUGGUGGAUAAAAAGCUUUUUCCACUGUGAGCCAAUGCCUCAGAAUGUAGGCAGGAAAACAUUGUCAGCCAGCAGUGCUAACAGCUGACUUGGACUCCUACAAUGAUGUUGCACCCACAGACUCACUUCUUGAAAGACUUGAGGUCUUCCAGGUGGCUGCAUUCAGCUGUGUGAAGAAAACAAACGGCUUGAAACUUCCAUUGCAGGAAAAAUGCAGAUUUCCAAGGAUUUCUCCAUAGUUUAUUCUUAAGGCAGCCAUUGAAGUUUCCACGUCUGCUGCAGAGUUUUUGAUACUGAACAGGUGUUCUACAUUUCGUAAUGACUCUUGCAUAUCAUUGGAAGAAUGCAAAUCCAAAGACUUGUUAGUCUGGAGUGUCUGCUAAUUAUCCAACCUUUCCUUUGCAAAAUUGAAAAGCUCUUGCAGACUGUCUCGGGCAAAAUGAUUCAAGGUUAUUUUGUCUUCAAGCACAUUCUGUCUUCUUAGCCUUAAGGGACUUGAUCCAGACAGUUGCAAUUAGUUCCUACUGGUUUCAAUGGGACUUAUGACAAAUUUGCCCCUUGGUCUUCAUUAGGACCUAAACUCAGCUAAUUUAAUCUCAGUCUGUCCCAAGGUUUAAAUUCAUAUUGUUAGCUCACUUCACACUUAAAUUAUGUUGAGACUAAAUUUGUUCGAAAAUGCCAAAUGUAGAUGUUAAGUUUUAGAAGAAAUCUAGUUAAAGCUUCAUUUAUGGAAGAUUUCAUCAAAUAAAUGAAUUGUAUUUGCCAAACCUAAACAUAUUGCAUGGGAGUAAGUCCCGCUUAUUUAAUUGGAACUCAGUUCAACACCAGUGUUACUAGAACAGGGGUUCCCAAACUAAGGCCCGGGGGCCGGAUGCGGCCCAAUCGCCUUCUAAAUCCGGCCCCCGGGCAGUCCAGGAAUCAGCAUGUUUUUACAUGAGUAGAAUGUGUCCUUUUAUUUAAAAUGCAUCUCUGGGUUAUUUGUGGGGCAUAGGAAUUCGUUCAUUUUUUUUUUCAAAAUAUAGUCCGGCCCCCCACAAGGUCUGAGAGACAGUGGACCAGCCCCCUGCUGAAAAAGUUUGCUGACCCCUGUACUAGAAUCUCUUAUUCCCACAUCAGCUAUGUAGAGUGCAAUUUACACCACAUCUAGAUGA